CCUCUCUCUAACCAUGCCGACUAGAAACACGGCCCAUUGUAAAGCGUGAUGCUCAACACAUACUUUCAUUUAAGUAGUCAUGUGUAAGACAAUUUACACUGGUGUAAUUACAUGCUUUUGACCAGUCGUAAAGACGGAAUGAUACGCUUCUUUUGAUGGUUCUGCUUGUCUUUUGAAGUCAUGUCUUUCCAUCAGGAUCGGGGGGGUCCCAAAGCAGGAAUGCCCCCAGGCCAGCAUAGCUCCUCUCAAAACUACCGACCCACCAACCUGAGGCCACCACCUCCCCAGCCUCCUGUUCCUCCAUACCACUAUGAUCCUCAGACUCCUCCCAAUUCAGGCUACCAUGGAAACAGCGGAUACAUGCCUCCACACUCUGACUUCAUGCAUUACCCUCCGCCAGCACCAUCCCAUGCUCCGAGUUCUCUUAACCAGUGCCCAGUCCGCCCACCUUUCCCAAAGCCCCCAGGCCGACAGGGCUUUCCUGAACCCCCGCCUAACUUCCCACCCCCUCCGCUUCCCAGCUCCACCGGCGGUGCCACACCAGGGUCUCAGGUGUCUGCUCAGAAUACCUAUCACCCUUACAUGAUGCCACCUGUGCCUCCACCACCUUUACCACAUCCACCUAUGCCUCCACCUAUAGCCUCUCCAUCUAUGAGCUACCACCCUCCAUACUCCAUGAACUACCCCCACCCUCCCCACCCUCCCUUCCCUCCCCCAACUUUCAGUCCCAGCUACAAUCAGAGCCCCAGCUCAUUCAAACCAGACCACAACUUCAGGCACGGGGGGCAGUACAAGUACGAGAAGCCCAUGGACAACAGGAGGUCUCCAGAAAGGGGGUAUCGUCAUGAUGACCACAGGCAGAAGGGCUAUGGCUACGGUACCCAUGCCGAUAAGCAUAAAAUGGAAUUUCUUGGAGAGAGGAAGGACCGUGGGCGGAGUCCAGACAGGCGUGGCAGGCCAGAGAGCGGUCGCUACAGGUCUGAGUACGACAGAGCCCGGACGCCUCCCAGACACAGAAGCAGGGAUCGUAGCAGGGAAAGGUAUCGCCACAGAGAAAGUCGGAGAUCCCAGUCGCCCGACAGGCACAGAAAGAGACCCCGAAGUCGCUCUUCAAGCAGAGACAGGAAACGUGGUCGCUGGGAGGAGGAAAGGGACAGAAGGUCAGAGAGCACCUCCGGCCUGAGCAGAGAGCGUAGCUUCUCCUCCAUCAGGAACAGAGACUCUGAAGAGGCCUCCAGUGACAGAGACCGAGAGCGAGAUAGGGAUCGGGACCGAGAGAAGGAGAAAGACAAGGGAGAGGAUGAGAAAGAGGAGGAAGAGUUGCUGAAACCUGCCUGGAUCCGCUGCACACAUGCUGAGAACUACUACUCCAAUGACCCCAUGGACCAAGUGGGAGACUCGACUGUGGUGGGGACCAGCAAACUGCGGGACCUGUACAAGCGCUUUGAUGAAGAGCUGGGGAGGAGACAGGAGCGAGCAAAGGCUGCCCGACCGAAAUGGGAACCGCCCAAGACCAAAUUGGAUGAGGAUCCAGAUGACAGCAGCAGUGACUCAGAGUGUGAGUCAGAUGCUGAAGGAAGCACCUGCUCCAGCAGCUCUGACUCAGAGGUUUUUGAUGUCAUUGCUGAGAUCAAGAGAAAGAAAGCUCAUCCCGACCGCCUGCAUGAUGAGCUGUGGUACAACGACCCGGGGCAGAUGAAUGAUGGUCCCCUGUGUAAGUGCAGUGCCAAGGCCAGGCGUACAGGGAUUCGCCACAGCAUCUACCCGGGAGAGGAGCCCGUGAAACGGUGUCGUGCGAUGAGCAACAAUGCGGGAAAACUGUUUCACUACAGGAUCACUGUGUCUCCUCCCACCAACUUCCUGACUGACAGGCCCACGGUGAUCGAGUACGAUGACCAUGAAUACCUGUUUGAAGGCUUCUCUCUAUUCUCCCACACAGCUCUCACUAACAUUCCAUUGUGCCGUGUGAUCCGCUUCAACAUAGAUUACACCAUUCACUUCAUAGAGGAGAUGACACCGGAGAAUUUCUGCGUCCAAGGUCUGGAGCUGUUUGCUUCCUACUUGUUCCAGGACAUUCUUGAGCUGUAUGACUGGAAUCUGACAGGUCCUGAGCUUGAGAAUGAGGUGUGUGGAUGCCCGCAGUUCCAUUUCAUGCCCCGUUUUGUCCGAUUCUUACCUGAUGGUGGAAAGGAGGUGUUGUCCAUGCAUCAGGUGCUGCUCUACCUGCUACGCAGCAGCAAGCCCCUGGUCCCCGAGGAGGAGAUUGCAGACAUGCUGCAGUGGGAGGAGCUGGAGUGGCAGAAAUAUGCGGAGGAGUGCAAGGGCAUGAUCGUCACCAAUCCAGGCAUGAAACCAAGCUCGGUGCGCAUCGACCAACUGGACAGGGAGCAGUUCAACCCAGACGUCAUCACCUUCCCCAUCAUCGUUCACUUUGGUAUUCGACCCGCUCAGCUCAGCUACGCAGGAGACCCUCAGUAUCAGAAGCUGUGGAAGAGCUAUGUGAAACUGCGCCACCUGCUGGCCAACAGCCCCAAGGUCAAGCAGAUUGACAAGCAGAAGCUGACGCAGAGAGAGGAAGCUCUUCAGAAGAUCCGUCAGAAGAACACUAUGCGCCGUGAGGUGACUGUGGAGCUUAGCAGUCAGGGCUUCUGGAAGACUGGCAUCCGCUCCGACGUCUGUCAGCACGCCAUGAUGCUGCCAGUUCUCACCCAUCAUAUCCGGUACCACCAAUGUCUGAUGCACCUGGAUAAGCUCAUUGGCUAUGUCUUCAAAGAGCGCUGCCUCCUUCAGCUUGCUAUGACUCACCCCAGUCACCACCUCAACUUCGGUAUGAAUCCUGAUCAUGCCCGCAACUCCCUUUCUAACUGCGGCAUCCGCCAGCCAAAGUACGGAGACAGGAAAGUCCACCACAUGUACAUGAGGAAGAAGGGAAUCAACACAUUGAUUAACAUUAUGUCUCGUCUGGGGCAGGAUGACCCCUCCCCCUCAAGGAUCAAUCACAAUGAGAGACUGGAGUUCCUGGGCGAUGCUGUUGUCGAGUUCCUCACCAGUGUCCACUUGUAUUACCUUUUUCCCAGUUUAGAGGAGGGCGGCCUGGCCACCUAUAGAACGGCCAUUGUACAGAACCAGCACCUAGCCAUGCUAGCCAAGAAACUGGAGUUGGAUCGCUUCAUGCUCUACGCUCACGGACCAGAUCUGUGUCGGGAGUCGGACCUGCGACACGCCAUGGCCAACUGCUUUGAGGCUCUGAUCGGUGCAGUGUAUUUGGAAGGAGGCUUGGAGGAGGCCCGGCAGCUCUUUGGUAGGCUACUUUUCAACAGUGAGAACCUACGGGAGGUCUGGCUCAACUACCCACCACACCCCCUGCAGGUCCAGGAGCCUCAAACGGACAGGCAGCUGAUCGAGACUUCCCCAGUCCUCCAAAAACUGACCAGCUUUGAGGACUCUAUUGGUGUUUUGUUCACACAUGUACGUCUUCUGGCCAGAGCCUUCACCUUGAGGACUGUGGGCUUCAACCACCUCACCCUGGGUCACAACCAGAGGAUGGAGUUCCUGGGAGACUCUAUCAUGCAGCUGGUGGCCACAGAAUACCUCUUCAUCCACUUCCCUGACCACCAUGAAGGACAUUUAACACUACUUCGCAGUUCGCUGGUAAACAACCGCACGCAGGCCAAAGUGGCGGAGGAGCUGGGAAUGCAGGAGUACGCCAUCACCAACGAUAAAACCAAACGGCCUGUCGCACUACGGACCAAGACUCUGGCUGACUUGUUGGAGUCCUUCAUUGCAGCUCUCUACAUUGAUAAAGACCUGGAGUAUGUGCACACGUUCAUGAAUGUCUGCUUUUUCCCCCGACUGAAGGAGUUCAUUCUGAACCAGGACUGGAAUGACCCGAAGUCUCAGCUCCAGCAGUGCUGUUUGACACUGAGAACGGAGGGAAAGGAGCCUGAUAUCCCGCUGUACAAGACCCUGCAGACAGUGGGGCCCUCACAUGCUCGUACUUACACCGUCGCCGUGUAUUUCAAAGGGGAGCGAAUUGGCUGUGGCAAAGGCCCAAGCAUCCAACAGGCGGAAAUGGGAGCUGCGAUGGAUGCGCUUGAAAAAUAUAACUUCCCACAGAUGGCUCAUCAGAAGCGCUUCAUCGAGCGGAAAUACAGACAGGAGCUGAAGGAGAUGAGACGAGAACGGGAACGACAGGAGAAGGAGACUGACGAGGCAGAGGAAUGCAGGAAGUGACAACACCUUUUUUGGGGGGACAAGCUGGCCCAAUCAGGACCCGCGUCCACAUUAAGGAGCUCUGUCUGCCAUUGUGGCAGCUAACCAGGCAAGAGUUGACGAAAUAGAGAUUCCACUAUUUGAUCAUGAAACUGUGAUAGUUUAGCAGUGAUGACUGACUGUUGCCAAAGUUCUACGUGAUCAUCGAUGGGUCAGCAGGUGAGGAUUAGUUGUAUUGCUCUGACUUUUAACAGAUCUAGAGUGAAAAUUAGUUAGUUUUUUUCAAAGUUUAACAGAAUUAGAAGUGCUUGAACCUCAUGUUUUAUGCUGUUUAGUGCUGUAACACUGGUGUUGUCUCAUGCUUAUGUUUGUCGCCUGAUCUUUAAAUUUUGAAUUGACAACUCGCACGAAUGCAAAACCAUCACGGGAGCUCAUGUUACUGACACGUGCCAAAACAAAAACAAAAAAACAGACAGAAAACAGAAAUAAGUUUUUAAGUGUAUAUGACAUGCUAAAUAAACCAUUAAUUUUGUAAAUAAAGUUUCAUAUUCUGUUGCAAUAA